AUGUUGUCCAGAACUGUUUUCAGAAGUGCUGUCCUGAACAGGGCACUGUUGUUGAGAUCGGCGGGCGCUGCGCCUGUGGCCGGGUUGCGCAUGUGCCAGCCGCUGGUGAGCUUGCGCAAGUACUCCAGCCACCACGACGAGGAGACGUUUGAGGAAUUCACUGCCCGCUACGAGAAGGAAUUCGAGGAGGCAUACGACCUGUUCGAGGUGCAGAGAGUGCUCAACAACUGCUUCUCGUACGACCUGGUGCCCGCGCCCGUUAUUAUCGAGAAGGCGCUCCGCGCUGCGCGUCGCGUGAACGAUCUGCCCACUGCCAUCCGUGUGUUCGAGGCGCUCAAGUACAAGGUGGAGAACGAGGAACAGUACCAGGCCUACUUGGAGGAGCUCAGCGAGGUGCGGAAGGAGCUAGGCGUGCCAUUGAAGGAGGAGCUAUUCCCUGAGAGCUCAUAG